UAUAUCCAUCGGAUAUUUCACUUGAAGUUUGCAAUGGAAUAAAAGAAUUAAAAAAGAACAUUAAACUGUAGAUAUAAACCAGUGUCGAACUGCACAAUACGUACAGAAAAAGGAAGGAUUACGGAUACCAAAGCAAAUGUGUAGUCGGCCAGACUUGAAAUUACGAUGGAAAAUAAAGAACUGAAUGCAAUAUAAAAUUCCGAAGAAAGAAAUAUAUAUAGAAAGAAACAGAGAUACAUAUACAUCUAUAUAUUUACGCCUGUGUGAACGUUUAAACGGAUUGCCCAAACCACCAUGAAUGACUGCGAAAAUAUGCUUAAUCGCAGCGCAUUGCUGCAAAAUGCCAUCAAGAGACGAAACUUCUUACAUGAUGGCAGUUGUGUCAAAUUUCCAUAUGGACAACGAGAUAUGGACAGUUCGAUUACCUCCAACAGCACUGUCAACAGUGCCACUAUUGGCAACGGUAACAACGUUGAAGACGCUAGCACCGAUAGCAACGACAGCGUUAGCAUCGUUAACAACACUAGUGAAAUGGACAACGCUGUCAAUGGUAUCAACGGCAACGUAAACACGGCUAGCAACAGUAGCGACGUUAGUAAAGAACACUCAAAUUGCGACCCACCUUACAUGGUGCCCUUCCCAGUUCACCCCGAUGCCAUCAUUGUCAAAAAGCCCCUCUGUCGUUUGGACUAUUCAGCUCGAAACACUGCCAUAGGUUCGCUACCUACAUGUAAUUCGGACCUGUGGACUGUGCCAGAACAAGACGACGGCGAUAAUGAAAACGAUGGUGAUGACGAUGAUGAUGCUGCUGAUGAUGAUGAUAAAAAUUAUGAUAAUUGUGAUUCUGAUUACGAUAAUGAAAACGUGGUAGGGAAUGGAAUAUGGUGGGCGCUAGAAAAGAAAGAAAACAACCGUUUAGUUGAUGUGAAGGGAAGCGAGACGGAGACAGUAAGAGAGGGAGAUAGAAGAGGAGGUGAUGGUGUUUGUGUCGAGAGGGAAAAGAAAAAUAACGAGAAAGAAAAGAACAACAGCAGUAGUGGUGACGAGAAAAGCGACGGGGGAAACAUAACGAAAGAGGAAAGUAAAGCAGGUUGGCAAGAGGAUGGGGAGAAGGGAAGGAAGUGGGAGGCUACACGAGAAGUGAAGGAAGAAGGAGAAGCGCAGGAGAAAAAGAAGGAGGAAGAGCAAGAGGCGUUGACACCGAAUUGUUAUUCUUCAAAUGAGUAUGAAUUCGAGACAGCGAGUGAGGGAAUAGGUUUGCUGGAAGUUAAGGUCGAAAAACAGUUGUGCGGUACUACUGUUCAUAGUCCCACGAUGUUACGUUUGACUACGACAACCGCGUCAUGCAAUGAUUCAGCACCUACAAAUGUAACUUGGUCAGAUCCUUGUCGAGACCAAUCAUCGGACACCAAAAGACAGGGAAAUAACUUGAAGAAAAUCAAAGAAACAACUGCAAUGCCUAAACAUCUGGAAACGGAUUUCAAUACAGAGAACCACUGUGAUGAAAAUGUACCUUUAAUUGAAACGGUUACAUCCCAGCAGCGAGUUAACGACCCAGCACUGGCGGCGCUUCCAUCACCGUUGCUACCAUGUCCGCCCUCGCUAGCACUGCCUCUUGCAACCCAUUCAUCGCCUGCUCCUUCAAUUCCCCCGCAUUCUAAUCAUCCCAAACAUCAUCAUCAUCAGAAUUUUCCUCAACAACAGCAAAAGCACAAACAACAGUCCCAUGCUCAUUUUCUUCUUCCACCUGAAGCUAAUCUAACGGUCUCCACAAAUUCAGUUCCAUCAUGUGGCAACAAUUCCCCCGUUUCUACAGUUUCUGCCUCUUCUACUACUACUACUUCUUCUUCUUCUUCCUCUUCUUCUUCUUCUUCUCCUUCUUGUCCUUCUUCUCCCAAAACGACGCACUCUUCUGUCGUCCAAGAAGACAAACCCACAAAAGAAGAGGACCCUUUCCAUACGGAAGUUCUUGAUUCAAACCCUGAUUACCCAACAACAGGCCAUUCCAUCAAUGAUAUCAUCAAGAUGUCCCUUGAGGAUUAUGUGGUACUAAAAGACGAAGAGAACAGACGUCUCUCCGUAGAGGUGAUACCCACCGCUAACAACAAACCAAGGCAGAGUUACUCUAAGAUGGUCUUACAGAACAUGAUCAAUGGAACAGAAAAUGUUGAUGAUGAUGUCCAAUCAACUAAUGCUUUGAAAACUAACUUACGGAAAAGUGCUGCCAAGAAACGUCAGCGCAAGCAAUCACCUCCAAGCCAAACCAAACCAGACGACGAGAAGAAUAAAAAGGACAUAGAAGAUAAUAAAAAAUCAGUUCGUGAUGGUUUCUUCAUCAUACUCAGUGGAAUGUACGGCCUACUACUGGUGGUGCUUGGUGCUGUGAUACCAAUUUCUGAAACUUUUGCAAAUCUUGCGACCUUGUAUUUCUUCGAUGCCUUCUACAUAUAUCUGUAUAUCGGAAGUUGCCUUUUCAUACUUUAUGUUUACACGUUCCUUCUACGACGCAACACAAAAACUAUGGGCCAUCGGUUCUCAUUCUAUCGCCAAUGGUCACGCUCUCUAAAUCGUUCUUGGUCGUUUGGAAAACGACCGGAGAAAAACGGAGAGAGAAAUGACGGAAGACACCGUCGCAAUUUCACAACAGACGUAGCCCCGCAUAAUCCCAACGGAAGUUUUUACCUUCGACUCGGUGCUAUUGGUUUUGGUAUCGGUGGUAUGAUCCACAGUGGUCUACAACUGGGACAGCAUUUGCAACUUAUCGGUGGAUCGAAUGACUGUGAUGGUCUAAUGCAAAUUGUAAAGCCACUAUUUCAUCUGGUUUUUACUUUUGUCCAACUCUAUUUUGUAUUUCUCAACCCUAAGGUUUGCAUCCAUCGCUACAAGACAUUGGCUCGUUUCGGAUUAAUGCAUAUGUGCGGCACAAAUAUCUGUGUCUGGUUUCGUAAUAUUGUAGUGGAAACACUGCAUGAGAUGCAUUCUGGGAUUGCUCACUCUUCCAACGGUCAUGGCAGUCACGGUCUCAAACAUCCGCUCGUUGAACAUCACCAAAACAAUCACACUACACAUCCAAGCAUUCAUAUGCAUACCGUUCAUCACGUUAAAGAUACACAUCAUAUAGAACAUACUCACAACUCGUCUCUUCAGCUCCAUUCUCACCACAAUGCAAAUGUUUCUUCCAGGCUAAUUGCAGCGAUGGUCAGUACUGUGAAUUCUCAUGAAACAAAGGCUUUGAAAACACUUCCUGAUGUAAACUGCUACUGGAAUAAAAUGAUGGGCAAAGUGGUGGAACAAGCAGGGCCUUAUCUCUAUCCUUGCAGUAUUGAAUACAGUCUUAUUUGUGCCGGUAUAAUGUUUGUACUUUGGCAACAAGUUGGUCGAGGACCAAAACCCAUUUUCACAAAAACCAACGGACAAAAUGCUGAUGAUGACUUUCAGGAAUCUCGCUCAUAUCGUUUGAGUGUUGACUGUGGUGGUUCAAGUCGAGGCCUUUUCCUCGGCAUUCUUCUUUUCGUGGGUGCCGUUAUAACAAUGGUAGCUUUCUAUGUUUUAGUUCACAAAGAAAAUAUGACAAUUACUGCCUUGGCUCUGGUUCAUCUCUCUGAAAUAAUAAUAUACUUGUUGGGUUUAAUUGCAACCAUAACAGCCGCAUGGCGCAUGCGUGGUCUGGCUUACAAACCUGGCCAUGCAUCCGUUCUCGAAAGCGUCCUUAUAUUGAUAUCCUUAACCGGUGUGUUUAUUUUCUGCCUCUUUGGAAUCAUUGCCGCUCUUUUCCACGAGGAAAGUGGUAUAACGAACACUUUGUCAAUUGCAUCGAAUCUCAUGAUGAUUAUUCAGUCCAUAGUUCAAACUGUAUUUAUGGCUGUUGGUGCUGAAAUGCAAGCUUAUACCCAAGCUCAAGAACGUCAAAAACCAGGACGAGAACUGGUCACAUUUCUCAUAUUGUGCAAUUUGUCCCUUUGGGGCAUCAAUACAUUCGAAACACAGCGCGCUGAACAUAAUCCCAUUCAAACGGAUUUUUAUGGACACAUGGCUUGGGCAAUACUUACACACAUAUCUGUACCCCUUGGAAUAUUUUUCCGAUUUCAUUCUACAGUUUGUCUAUCAAAUAUCUGGAAAAACGCUUGGAAAAUCAGACAUCACUAAUUAUGAUCUCCAAGUUAUAUUUAUUAAAUGUUUUUCAUUGUUCUUCAAGUAUUUUAUUUUUCUCAUCACUCACUUCAAAUGCACUCUUCUUUACCUGACACUUGAAGGAAUAAUCUCAAGUUGUUCAGCAGAUAAAAAAUACGUCGGAAACUCGGAGCGUAGGCAAUUUUCAUCUUCAUACUAACAUAGAACAAAAAUUUUCUGUAAUGGGGCAUCGUUUUUGUUUUGUUUUAUUUUGUUAACGACUUAAUCACCAGAAUUUAAAAGAAAUCCAUUUUACAUCAAACAUAAUAGUUGAAAACAUUUCACAAUUGAUUACCUUGAGGAAGUACGACCUAGAUUACGGCAAAGAUACGUUAUCUACACAAGAAAAGAUAUCCGUAGUAUUUAUAUUAACCAUCUUACCUGAAGAUUACUUUUCGUUGUUAUCUUCUGAAAAAAAAAUUGACUUUUUUUUAAAUUUCAUCAAUUCAAAAGACAGGAUUUUUUUUCAACCUAUAUUGUACCAGAAACCCUGUGAACGAAAAAAUAAAAGUGCUAAGAUCUUUGCAAAUGUAUACUCUUGGUUUUAACACUUAUGAAUCAACUUUGUGAUUCAACUUAAAAUUUUCUAUUCAGAAAUUUUUCUAUAACUUCUAUCUAGAGAGAAAUUCAUUGUAAAACAUAUGGCCUUAGUUUUUAAUACUGGAUUAAAAAGAAACUUGGAAAUAUAAAUAUAAACUCUAUAAAUACCCAAUCAGAAACAAACCGACGACAGAAGCUCUAUACGGUCUUUCUACGUGCUAGAAAUAGCAAGCAAAUCUUCUUCACUUCACAAAAAGCCUUAAAAAGAAACGUUACAUUAACUAACGUAGUACUAGAUACACCAUGUUUGAAUAAAAUACAUGGAGCUCAAUGGAGCUGAGAUGACAGUUAAAAACAAAUAUAAAAGAACAAUCACAUCAAAAUAAAUAUAUAUAUAUUUUUAAUAAUCAAGUAAAUAAACUUUUUCAUAAUUCACAA